AUGGCAGACAAAAACGACGCCUGUCCCGUUGACCACAAGACCCGCGACGCAUGGCUCUCCCAAGCCCGUGAAGCCGAAGCCGCAAAGGCGAAAGCGCAACCAGAAAAAUGCCCCGUCGAUCACACAGCGCAGCAGCAGCCGAAAUCGUGGACACAGACUUUUACUUCCUAUCUAUGGUCUUCGCCAGCAUCUUCGUCUACACCUGCGCAUAAACCUACAUCAAACGGUGGUCUUGAUACGGACCGAGUUGUUUCUACGAUCCCUCGAACUACAGGCGAUGCUGCGGCGUGUCCCGUCGACCACGAAAAGGAACCUGCGAGACCAAAGAACCACGAGAUGGAAACUGGCAUGGACCCCUCAGGAAACUGGGUGUAUCCUUCGGAGAAAAUGUUCUUCGAGGCGAUGAAGCGAAAGGGUUAUGAUGCGAGGGUAGCGGAUAUGAAGACCGUUGUGCCAAUCCACAAUGCUGUCAACGAAAGAGCUUGGAAGGAGAUAAAGGAAUGGGAAGCGCCAUACCUCGAGGGAACAACAUGUGGUGGCCCUAAGCUCGAAUCUUUCGCCAACAAGAUGGAUCGCAUGACUCCUACAGCUCGCAUUAAGACCAUGAUAGGCUACACUGCGCCGUUUGAUCGUCACGACUGGGUUAUCGACCGCUGUGGAACAAGGGUUGACUAUGUCAUUGACUUUUACGCUGGAAGGCCUGACGGCAGGGGUGGACCUAGUUUUUAUCUCGAUGUGCGGCCAAAGUUGAAUACGUGGGAGGGUGUCAAGAUGCGAGCCAAGCGAUGGGCUUUCCUGGCAUGA